UCGCCGUCGUCUUCCGUUUCAUUUCAUCUCCGGAGGCUCUCUCCUGGUGCGAUUGUAAAGGGCCACAGACGAGGCACAAACAGCUAGCAAAAACACCUCGACAAAUUUUUGUUUUUUAUCACCUCAAAAGGUCUCGUCCUAAUAUCGCAUGUCCUCUAUCCAGAACCUCCAAUCUUUCGAUCCCUUUGCUGAUGCAACCAAGGGUGACGACUUACUCCCGGCGGGGACAGAGGAUUACAUCCACAUAAGGAUCCAGCAACGCAACGGCCGCAAAACGCUGACCACCGUGCAAGGAAUCGCCAAUGAUUACGACAAAAAGAAGCUGGUGAAGGCCUUCAAAAAGAAAUUCGCCUGUAACGGUACUGUGAUCGAGCACCCAGAGUACGGCGAGGUCAUCCAGCUCCAGGGAGACCAGAGGAAGAACAUCUGCCAGUUUCUCCUGGAGAUCGGCAUUGUCAAGGAGGAGCAGCUGAAGGUCCACGGAUUUUAAAGCUCUGCUCACGCCACACAGCCGGGACCCAGGCGGAAGUUAGCGUUUUUCCCGCAACAUGUAUCUAACAUUAGCGUUUAGCAAUAUGUCUGAUGUAAUUCUCUGACAUAGGCAAUAAAAACGCGAUGCCACCUUUUAUAGGCAAAAACA